UCAAAGAAGAUGGAUAGAAAAAAUAAGAAAAAGCGAAAACUCAGCAAAUCACAAGAAAUAAUCGUCGCAAGCCCCACUCUCACAGAGAUAGAAGUGCCAAGAGCGAUCGAUGUAAGAAAAGCCAUGGAGAAGCAAAACGACGUCGCUCUGUUCCUUGCGGGAAAAGUAAUCUCUGCCGUAGCCAAAAACUCAAACUUCGUCUUUUCUACGGCAUCAAUCAACGCCGUGCUCACUAUGGCGGCUUCCACCUCCGGAUACGAUGACGUCAUCGUCAAAGAAACCCUCUCCUUGCUAAGAGCUUCUUCACUCGACGAGCUCAACGCUGUCUUCCGCGAGAUCGCUUGUGUGGUUCUCGCCGACGGCAGCAAGAACGGUGGCCCUAAAAUCGCAGUGGUUAAUGGAGUGUGGAUGGAUCAAUCACUCUCGUUAAGUCCUUCCUCAAAGGAUCUUUUAAUGAAUUUUUUCAAGGCUAAUUUCUUUCAAGUUGAUUUCCGAUCCAAGGCUGAACAAGUGCGUAUGGAGGUGAAUGAAUGGGCUUCAAAUCGCAGCAAUGGUCUCAUCAACAAUCUUCUUCCUCCCGGAUCCGUUAGAAAGAAGGACACAGAUUGGAUCUAUGGAAACGCAUUGUAUUUCAAGGGAGCUUGGGAAUGCAAAUUCGACAAGUCAAUGACGAAAGACAAAGACUUUCACCUUCUCAAUGGAACCUCAGUGUCUGUACCAUUCAUGAGAAGCUAUGAGAAACAAUACAUAACUGCUUACAAUGGUUUCAAGGUCCUUAGGCUUCCUUAUCGAGCAGGCCGUGAUGAUACCAACCGAGAAUUCUCAAUGUACUUUUAUCUACCAAACAAGAAAGAUGGGUUGGGUAAUCUUUUAGAGAGAAUGACAUCUACUCGUGGAUUCUUGGACAAUCACAUUCCAAGUUACAAAGUUGAAGUUGGUAAAUUCAGAAUACCAAAGUUUAAGAUCGAAUUCGGGUUUGAGGCUUCAAAGGUUUUCGAUGAUUUGGAGCUCGAAGUUUUAUUGUACCAAAAGGUUUCGAUAGAGAUUGAUGAGAAAGGUACUAAAGCUUUCACUUUCAAUGCUUAUGUUGGCAGCUAUCUUGACGCAGCACCAAAGCCGAAGAAAAUAGAUUUCGUGGCUGAUCAUCCAUUUUUUUUCUUGAUUAGAGAAGACCAAACCGGAACCGUUUUGUUCGCUGGUCAAAUCUUCAAUCCUUCCAAAUCUUCUUAG